CGAAAGUCUAGCUUCUUGUUACAAGACCUCCCUGGUCUCUGCGGUCUUGUUCUCAACCUCCGAGAGACAUAGACUGUCUAGACAUAUCCUGCCAUCUCUUCUUGGGCUAUAUUGUUGCUUUCCUUCUUGAAAAGACACUAGCAUCAGUCCAUAGACCACAGACACACCAUGGACAACGACCACCGCGAACAUCUCGACCCUCGGGCAAGCGGCCGUCACAACUUUGACUCGGGCGUCGAGUCCCGAGCCUCGCAACGCUCCAACGAGGGCUCCAACGAGAACCCCUUUGCCAGUCCCAUUCCCACCCGUCCACCAUCAAGCUUCGACACAUCCUCCAACUCUGGUGGUAUAGGAGCUCACCACGAAGCUUUGCCCGGUGGCCAACGAUACUUCCACUCUCGUCGAGUACGCAAGGGCGAGGUAGAAAAGCCAUGGGCAGAGAAGAAAGACCCCAAGGAGAAGUGGGUGACGAUUAUUCCUCUGGUCGGCAUCUUCAUCGGGCUGGCCAUCUCUGGGUUCCUGAUAUGGGAUGGGAUCAGGUCCGUGGUGAAGCACAAGUACUGUUUGGUGCUGGAUGAGGAUUGGAGUCAAGGAAUUAGGGACAGUGUGUGGCAGCACGAGGUACAAUUGGGUGGCUUUGGCAAUGGCGAAUUCCAGCAAACCACCAAAGACAACGCCUACAUCGAAGACGGAAAGCUUGUCAUCAAAGCCACCCUCCAAGACGACAAGCUCCUCCUCUCCGACUCCAAAGUCGACCUCCUCGCCUCGGGCGACUGCACCUCCACCGUUUACCGAGACUGUGUAGCAGCCACCAACACCACUGUCGGCAACAGUUCCAUCGUGCCUCCCGUCCUCUCGGCCCGUCUCAACACCCGUCUCGGCGCCUCCAUCAAAUACGGCCGUGUUGAAGUCACCGCCCGCCUGCCCGAAGGAGACUGGCUAUGGCCCGCUAUCUGGAUGAUGCCCGUUAACAGCACCUACGGCCAGUGGCCUCAAUCCGGUGAGAUUGAUCUGGCCGAGUCCCGCGGCAACAACUACACGUACCCACAAGGCGGCAACGACAUCAUCUCUUCCACGCUGCACUGGGGUCCUUCUUCCCUUUCAGACGCCUUCUGGCGCACCAACGUCAAGCGCCAGGCCCUGCACACCACGUUCGCAAACAAGUUCCACACUUUCGGUCUCGAAUGGUCCGAGAAGUACCUAUUCACCUACGUCGACUCGCGCCUGCUGCAAGUCCUCUACGUGAACUUCAACAAACCCCUCUGGCAACGGGGUAACUUCCCGCAGGUAGACGAGAACGGCACUCGCACCACUGACCCCUGGGGAUACACGGGUCGCCUGAACACGCCGUUUGAUCAAAAGUUCUAUUUGAUCUUGAAUGUCGCGGUAGGAGGAACGAACGGGUGGUUCCAGGACCAGUCGAAUGGCAAGCCGUGGGUGGAUUCGAGUCCGAAUGCCAAAAAGGACUUUUGGCUGGCUAAGGAUCAGUGGUUCCCCACGUGGAAGAGCCCGCAGAUGGAGGUGGAGAAGGUGGUUAUGUGGCAGCAGUGUGAUGGGCAUGAGGAGCUGUAGGCCUUGUUUCUUUUCUUUGCCUUUUUGUUUUUGGGUCAGGGUGUCAGGGACAUGGGAUCGGAUGGGAGUAUGAUUAUAAGCAUGGAGAGAUUGGAUAAUACAAUGAUGACAGCUAGAGGUACUUAGACUAGUGUUGGACCUAAUUGUUAUCUCGGUUAAUCUUGGUUAUGUGUGUCUGUCUCUUACAUGAUGGUCAUAACAAUAUAUACUAGAGCUAACGUUCGUUACAUG